AUGGCUGUUGGAGCACAUAGGGCUACCUUUGGGAGGGAGUCCAAGAUCAGAAGUAUUUUGGAAGCAAAUGGUGGAGAUGUUUACAAGGAAGUUGGCACUGUGGAAGAGGAAUUAUUUAUCCAUAGGGUUAAGAAUUUCCCAGUGAAAGAGGUUUGGAGCAAGUCCAUCCCACAAAACAUUCAAGCUCUGUGCUGGAAGGUUUUUCUUGAGAAGGUGGAGUACUCCCUAGGAUGUAGUAAGCCUCUUCAACCCAAACUUUCUAAGGUAGUCAGCAAAAAGUGGAAGGGUUAUGUGGAAAUCAGUAAGAGCAGCAGUUAUGUGGAAAUCAGAGUGUGGAAUGAAGUGGCACACUCUUUUGAGAAGAAAGAAAGAAAGGUGGAGUGGAAGCCCCCAGGUCUUAACAAAGUCAAGCUGAAUUUUGAUGGGAGCUCUGUAGGAAUCCCAGGUCUGGCAGGCAUUGGUGGUGUGAUCAGAGAUUCCUCAAGCAAAGUAUUGUCUAUGCAUUCGGGACCUUUAGGGGAAGGUGAUUCUUUAAAGGCUGAACUAUUAGCUUUGCUAAAGGGGUUAAAACUUUCCAAGCAAGCAGAUCUUAAGAACUUGGAGAUAGAAGGGGACUCAAAAAUAGUGAUAUCAUGGACCAAUUCAAGGGGUAACGCUCCCUGGAUUUAUAAACAUCCCCUAAGGGAGAUAGUAAGCCUAGCAAAGGAACUCAAUGCCUCAUUCACAUGGAUCAGGAGAAGUGCAAAUGGGAUAGCUGAUUCAUUAGCCAAACAGGGAGUUCAUAAGCAGCAGCUUUUCUGGGCUUUAUUGUAA